UUUUACGACCGGACCGGACCGCGGGUCGCCUCUAGAGAAGACACAACCUUAAGACAACCAGAAAUCCUCCUUUUUUCUCUCUCCCUCUCUCUGCGGAGAUCACGGCUGCAGAGCUCGCUCUCUCCGCAAGAGGGCGUCGGUGGCACCUGCUUAGGUCACGUUGCCUCUUUCCUUUUCCGGCCGACCGGGCGUUUUGGGUGAGGCGAUGGCGGCCGGAGGUACCGAUGCGCGGACUGUGGAUGUGGAGGAGGAUGCUUCUCAACUCGUUUUUCCCAAGGAAUUUGAGACUGCUGAAACUCUUCUAAAUUCAGAAGUGCACAUGCUUCUUGAACAUCGGAAGCAGCAGAAUGAGAGUGCAGAAGAUGAGCAGGAGCUCUCUGAAGUUUUCAUGAAAACCUUGAACUAUACUGCUCGUUUCAGCCGCUUCAAAAACCGGGAGACUAUUGCUAGUGUCCGCAGUUUGUUGCUCCAGAAGAAGCUCCAUAAAUUUGAAUUGGCAUGUUUAGCUAAUUUAUGUCCUGAGACAGCUGAGGAGGCCAAAGCUUUAAUACCCAGCCUAGAGGGUCGGUUUGAAGAUGAAGAGUUGCAGCAGAUUCUUGAUGACAUUCAGACCAAACGAAGUUUUCAGUAUUAAAAGGAACCGUCAGAUCCUCCAAACUCUAACACUGGAAAAGAAAAGACACCGAAACACUUUCAUUCGUUCCUACACAAGCCCUGCAGUGGUCCUGGCUAUCUUUGGACAGAAAGGAGAAGCUGAUACAAGACAUUUUGUGUCACGCACAAGACACGUUGUUAAAAAGGGUUUCUUAGCUCUUUGGACUUGUUGAAUGUUGACAGAGUUGGAAAGACCAACGUGGCAUGAACCAUAGAACUCUGGAAAUUUGGCUUAGUGAGUUUAAUAUGUUUCCAACUUUGUCUUCAUCCUGGGAAUAUAUGGAAUGUUCCAGGGGCCAGAUAGAAUAAAUGAAGGCACCAUUCUCAGUUUGAACAAAUGUUGCCUAAGAUAAGAGAAGCUUUAUUUCCUAUUACAUUUUGAAAAUUGUAAUGUAGGAGAAUCAGGAUAGAUAAAUUUGUGUGGUUUCUUUAUGUGUUUAAUCAAAAUCUUGAGUUUUUGCUUCAAGAAUAAUUUUGUAUAAUUGUUGUGCAUGAAUUAAAAUACAGUAUUUCUAAUUAGGA